AUGAAACUGUCCUUUCGGUGGCCCAAGCCGCCUGGUAGACAUAGUAGGCGGCCUCUAAACACAGAUUUCCGGCAGCAACGAUUGAAGGCAUGGCAACCGGACCUUUCUCCACAGAGUGUGUUACCUGUCCUGAUAUUAAUUGCGUGUAUUUUUGCACCUAUCGGAGUGGGGCUGGUGAUUAGUGCUGUAAAUGUCCAGAAUAUAACGAUUGAUUACCAAACGUGCCACUUAGAGGCCCCUACAAAUGGGGAGUUCAAGACUAUCCCCGCUCAGUACGUGGACUAUCAUUUCAAAAAAAAGGUGACCAUGCAACCUAAGUGGACUUUGGUGAAGAAUGAUCAGAACGAUCCCGAAAACAUGACAUGUCGCCUGCAGUUCCAGGUACCCAGUGAAAUCGAUUCAUCAAUUUAUGUGUAUUAUAAGCUGACCAAAUUCAAUCAAAAUCAUAGGAAAUACGUGAUAUCCUUUGACGAAAACCAGUUGAAGGGUGAUGCACUUUCAGUGGAUGAUCUGACGACACAUUGCAAGCCACUGAGGGAACAAGACAAUAAGAUUGUUUAUCCAUGUGGACUGAUCGCAAACUCAAUGUUUAAUGACACAUUUGACUUGCGACUGUUUAACCAAGAAAAUACCUCAGCUAGCUACCCACUGAGCAACAGCGAUAUAUCAUGGUCAAGCGAUAGAAGUAAUUUUGGUUCGACGAAAUAUAACGCCUCUCAAAUUGUACCACCACCGAACUGGGCCAAAAUGUUUCCGAACGGAUACAACGAUGAUAAUAUACCGAAUUUGCAUACAUGGCAAGAAUUUCAAGUAUGGAUGCGGACUGCCGCGUUGCCAAAAUUCUAUAAACUGGCAUUAAAGAAUGACGAUAAAAGCGACAUCCUACAUGAGGGAAUUUAUACGAUGGACCUCGGUCUGAAUUACCCCGUAUUAUCGUUCAAUGGGACGAAAUCGUUUGUGCUGACCAAUAAUCACAUUAUCGGCGCAAGGAACGUCUCCUUAGGUGUCAUUUUUUUAAUUGUGGCAGGGAUUUGUAUCUUAUUUGCUGUGGUUUUCCUAACCAAAGUGAUAAUCCAACCGAAAGUACUCGUCCAGCAUAACUAUUUGGAGUACACCAUGGAACCAAGGACCAGGCCUGCAAGAGUAAGAUCUUUUGAUAAACGGGCCCCUCCCAUCAGGGAAAUUUUGUAA